GUGGAUCUAAAAGUUCGGGUUGCAAUUCAAAUUGGAAAUAAUUUUGGAAGAACUCAAGAACCCUAAGUUAGCCAUUUCCUCUGUCUUCUUCUCCCAAAAUUUAUCUGUCCUCGCAAUCGGAUUCGAAUUCCGUUAAUCCGAGUCUCGAUUUGAUCCAAGCUGGUUUCUUAUGGCUCCGAAGAAGAAGCACUCUGAAGGAAUCGCCUUACUCUCCGUUUACAGUGAUGAGGAUGACGAAGAGAUGGAAGAUGCCGAGGAAGAGGAAGAAGAAGAAGAACAGCAGAGAAGUCAGGAAGAAGGUGAAAGAAUUGACGAGGCUCAGCUAGAAGAAGCUAAUUUCAUGGAUGAAGAGAGAGGAAGAGGAGAAGAUUCCAGAACGCCUAAGGUGGAUGGUGGAGCUUCUAGCGCUCACGCGACGCCUAGGUCACUCGAAAACGAUGAAUCAUCGAGACCCGAUUGGCCAAGUCGAAUGAUUGAUGAGCCUGGGAUUGCGGAUGGUGAGAGAGCUGACGAUGCAUCAGGGGAAAGUACGGAUACGUUGCUGGAUCAGUUUCUACCGCCACCUCCGAGAGAGAAGUGCUCUGAGGAGCUUCAAAGGAAAAUAGAUAAGUUUCUGAGCUUGAAGAAGAUGGGGAAGAGUUUCAAUUCAGAAGUGCGGAAUAGAAAGGAAUACAGGAAUCCAGACUUCUUGUUGCACGCAGUUAGUUAUCAAGAAAUUUAUCAGACUGGUUCUUGCUUCAGUAAAGAUGUGUUCGACCCCAAUGGAUAUGACCCAAGUGACUUCUGCGAUGCUAUAGAAGUUAGUAUGAAGCAUGAGAGGGAAAGGAAGGAACAAGAAAGCAAGAAGAACCAAAAGCUUGACUUUGUUUCUGUUGGUACUCAACCUGGGACGGUUUUCGCUGCUCAGAAGCCUAACAUCCCCAACCCAGGUCUUCCAGCUUUAGUUACUAGUGGCUUGCCCUCAGUACCAACCGAAAUCGCUGCUCGUGACGGUAGACCGAACAAGAAAUCCAAAUGGGAUAAGGUUGAUGGGGACGUGAAGAAUCCUCCUCUACCAGCUGGGACUCAGGAUUCCCUAUCUUCAAUCCGGUCUAAUGCAGCUCUUGUCUCUGCUGCAAGUGCUGGUUCUGGAUACUCAGCUUUCGCCCAACAACGGAGACGAGAGGUGGAAGGAAGAAGAUCUGCAGAGAGGAAAUUGGAUAGAAGAAGUUGAGACCGCCAAAAACGAUGACAUUUGAUGAUAGAUCCCACAUAUAGGAUUAUCAAAUGUUGAUCAGAAAUUAAGAACACAACAAUUUUCUCCUUCAAUUUCAAGUCUGAUUCAUUA